AUGCGCGGCGGCCGCUUGCGCACCUGUACACUCGCCCGUGAGUCGGCAGCGUCCACUGAAAAGCGAUCGGCCCCGGUGAUGAAUCUGCAGGGUCCGCAGGGGCCAAGGGUCCGCAGCUACUCACGUGCAACUGCAGGACUACCAGAGGAUGUCUCGGAAUGGCCAGCGGGAGAACUGCGGAAAUACCUGGAGCAGCGAAGCAUCCGACACAAGGAUUGCUUCGAGAAGAUUGAGCUGGUGGAUCGGGUGAAAGAUGCCAUUGCCAGAGGAGUGCCCAAGACUCUCGCAGACACUGCAUCGCCUGAAGCUUCAAAUGCCAAGGCACCGCGGCGUUUUGCGCAGUUCGGAGAGCUGGUGGAGAUUCCAAGUCCUGCGGAAGAUGGUGUCUUCAUUUUUUUGCACGGCUUUGGCGACUCCGCCCGUGGCUUUGUGAGCCAAUUGCCCAACCUGCUGCAGCUUCCAUCGGUGCGCUACGUGCUGCCGACGGCACCUUCACUGGGAGGCAUGCGCUCUUGGUUUACCCAAGCAGCACUGGGAGGGGCAGCUCCAAGUAGCGUGGCAGUGCAGGAGAGCGUGAACUACGUGCAUCACCUGAUUCGACAGCAGCUGGCCCGCGGAGUCCCCGGAAAGAAGAUCUUCGUGGGUGGCUUCUCGCAAGGCGGCUGCAUUGCGGUUCAAGCGGCGUUGAGCUUCCCGGACGCCACACUGGGCGGUGCAGUGGCAGCUUCAACGUUCCUGAGCCUCGGUGGUGGCAGGAGCCCUGUGACCCUCAGCGACGCAAACAGGCGCUUGCCAGUGCUGGGCUGCCACGGUGAAGCAGAUGGCGUUGUGCCUAUGUCGGCGGGCCGGAACCUGGUGGAGACUUUGAGAUCACAAGGUGUCCCUGCGGAGUUCAAGAGCUAUCCCAGCAUGGGCCAUACUUAUUGCCCCGAGGAAGCAAGAGACGUGACAGACUUCCUGUCGCAGCGCUUGAAGCGAGACCCCAGAGAGCUGGCUGCGAUGUCCGCCAAGGAGCUUAAGGCCUUGUUGCUGGAGAAUGGAAUCAGUACACUAGGCUGCUUUGAAAAGGCAGACCUCUUGGAGCGGGCCUCGGCGCUUGUUUGA